AUGAUCAAACCUGGUUUGCUUUAUCGCUCAGCAAACCCAAGAGGUUUAAAGGGUAAAAACAAGAACCCUUUGCCAGUUUUUUGGCAAUCCAACAAAAAGGCAUGGCUAACUGUGCAAGCAUUCCUGGAUUGGUUCCAGAAAUGCUUCAUCCCAGAAGUGGAAAAGUACCUUGCUUACAAAAACAUGGAAUUCAAGGUGCCAUUAUUGAUAGAUAAUGCACAAGGCCAAGCAGAAUGUUUGCAGUUUAGACAUCCGGGUGUAGAGGUGGUUUUCCUACCCUCUAACACCACUGCUGUUAUUCAGCCUCUCGAUCAGGGUGUAAUACGCACCUUCAAGGUAUAUUACACCCGAUGCUCUUUUGGUCAUAUCCGUAGUGCCAUGGAUGCAGACCCCGACCUUGAUGUUAGCAAGUGUUGGAAGGAGAACAGCAUUGCGCACUGCCUUACCAGCAUCAGUGAAGCAUUCAAUGAACUCGAACCAGAUACAGAGAAUGCUUGUUGGAAAACUUUAUGGCCCGAGUGUGUGAAUAACGUCCAUAAUAAACGUGGUGAGGGGUUUGUGGACUUGGUCGCUGAAGAUGUGGAAGAGCUGAUUGAUGGGCAUGGAAAGAAACUAACAGAAGAGGAUUUAGAAGAGUUGGUAAAAAGUGCCGAAGAAGAUGAAGAGGAAGACAUUAUGGAAUUGCAACAAGAAGGUUUGGGUUUUGGAAAAUUUUGUUGA